UUAUUAAACGCAGGCUGGCGAGGGGUGGAGACCAGAGUCGCGGAGAGGCAGUCGCGCAGAGGCAGUCGCGCAGCACACACACGAGUUAAUGCAGCAGCGAGAGGCAGGGAGGGGAAAAGAGGCAGGGAAGAAAAUGGGCUUAUUUUAGUUUCCCUCGCUACAGCUGGGCUGGGCUUGCACACUGUGUGACAGAGACAAAGAUUUGGCCACACAGACAGAGUGAGAGGGACAGAGGGGGCUUUAGUAUAGUUUAUAUCUCCUCCCAGGCUCCAGCAGGCGAGAGCAGCUCCUAGCAAGACGUUCCCAUGCUGCUGUGAGCCCGGGACAUAGUUCCCUCAGCAGAUCCGGAGCUUGGACUGGGAUGCACUGUAGUCGACCAGAGUCGGACCGGAGCAGCCCUCAACAUGCUGGGGAAGGACUACAUGCUAGCCAUCAUCAUAGUCAACUAUGAGGACAAUCUCUGGAAUGACCAGGACCUGGAUCUGGAUUCCGAUCUGCCCCCAGGCUGGCGGACUAUCCGAGACAGCACCGGCAAGUACUACUGGCACACGCCCACGGGAACCACGCAGUGGCAGCACCCAGCCUACGGCUCCGAGGACGACCAGAACACAGCCACCAGCAGCCAGAAGGGCCUGAGGUCCAUCGAGAGUCCUCUGUCCUCCGUAAAUGACAGAGACUCGCUGGCUUGGUCUGGCAAUUAUUCCUCUAACGUGGACCCGGAUUCCAAGCAGUGUUUCGCCGUUCGCUCCCUCGGCUGGGUGGAGGUUCCUGAGGAAGACCUGGUCCCUGGGAAGAGCAGCAUCGCUGUCAACAACUGUAUCCAGCAGCUGUCUCACAGCAAGUGCGAUGGCCGGGAUGCGCUGGGUGCGUGGGGGGAGGGCCAGGACAUGGUGAUGGUGCUGAAGAAGGACACGCUGAGCCUGUUUGACCCCUUAGACCACGGCCUCAUCCACUGCCAGCUCAUCGUCAACAUCCGUUUGUGGGGCGUAGGCUGCAACAAUGGCAGAGACAGAGACUUCGCCUUUGUGGCCUGUGACAAAGACACCUGCACACUUAAAUGCCACGUGUUUCGCUGUGACGUUCCAGCAAAGGCCAUCGCUGCUGCCCUGCACAAGCUGUACUCCAAGUUAGUGGCAGAAAAGGCCUCUAGGCACUCCUCUGUGUCUCGCUCGCUCACUGAGGAGGACACCUCCCCAGAAGACCUGCCCCUGCACGUGGGCUUCAUGGAUGCGAUGAGGCACCGGGUGCAAAAGUUCCAGGUGCAGUACGUGGGGAACCUUCCGGUGUCACGGGCCAUGGGCAUGGGCAUACUGAACCGGGCUAUAGAAACCGUCAUGGACGCCACGGAAAGAGAGGAGUGGGAGCCCAUUGACAUCCAUGUGACAGAAACGACACUGUCGCUGUGGAACGGACAGGGCGACGGGGAGCCCUUCUGGGAAUGUCAGGUCCGCUACUUGACCUUCCUCGGGGUGGGCCGAGACACACACACCUUCGGCGUGAUUGUGGAUACGGGCACACAGCAGUUCGAGUGCCACGUGUUCUGGUGCGAGCCCGACGCAGGGACGAUCUCGGAGGCGGUGCAGGCCGCAUGCAUGGUCCAGUAUCAGAAAUGUUUAGUCUCCCAGACGCCCCCUUUGAAGUCAAAGAUGGUUUGGGGCGGGGCCAAGUUGAAGCGAGCUGCCUCCAUUGACAUUUCUGCAUAUGAGUCCCACUUCCACGGACCGUCAUCCCCUAAGUUUGUUGGCUCCUCCGCUGUCAGGAGGGGCAUGCUUUCGUUCCUCGAGACCUUCAGGAGCAAGCAGACGGCCGUGCCUGCACCCUAGCUGCCCGGCGGAAGGACAUGGGAAGUGGCUGAUGGGUGGGAACAUGGUGGAUGGGGAGGUUGGUGGGGGGUGGGGGGUCGAGAGCUCGUAGAAUGGGAAACACAAAACCAGCUUUUGAAGUACAAAGAGUUUUUGUAUCCGAUCUGUGGUGAACCAUUUGGAUCGGGGAUGAGCGUUUGUCCUCAUUCUGUCUUUGAAAUAGGAGAGGCUUGGUAGCGAUUAAUUAGCAUUUCUGAGGAAAUUGUGUUUGUGGUACAGUUUUUAAAUGAAAUCCUAGGUGCUGUAUCUGUCACAUUCCAUACCUCCUUUGUCCUGACUCAAAGCUAGAAAACAAAGAGUCUUUUAACAGAAAACUAGUAGAAGGUGUUAAAAUGUGGGAGAAGUCAAGGAAUUACCAACAGAUGGAGUGUUAAGCCUGGAAAUGAGAUCAUAACCAUGCAAUAAAUAGGAUCAUUUUUAAGUUACAUGACAGGUAUUCAGAAGAACUUCUAAUUGAAAUCUAAAAUUAGCUGUUAAUUUAAUGUUUUGCUUAGCCUUAUAUUGUAAAGGUGUUCAGCAGUUUGAGGCAUCGUGAAAAAGGAGGAUGGAUCAGGUGAGAUCGUUGAAUUAAAGUAAGGAUUAAUGGUCCUUCCCUGGGAGAGAAUCAAGUCUAUGGAGCAGAUGCGUAUAUAAUGCAUCGACAUACUUCCUGAUUCUGCGGAGAACACAGACUGUGACUGCAGCCUGUUGCAUUUCUUUGGUGAAGCAGGACUGUCAUUACCUAUCUCAAAAUGAGCUAUGUUUGUGUCUCAUAUUAGCAGUGCCUGCUGUUAUAUGAAGUUGCUGUUGACCCCCCCCCUCCCCCAGCACCCACCCCACUAUGAUCUGAAGCUCCAUGGCUCCAGCCUUCAAUCUUUUGCUGUCCGGAGCAUCAUAAGUGACACCCAUGCAUACGGUCAAUGGACUAAUAACACAAAUAAACAGUGAAUAAGCAGAUUAAUUGAAUUUUGAACAUGUAAACCUGGGCCAAAAUAAGCUUCCACUGCCAUAGCUCUUUCGCUUGCUCUUGCCACGCUUUCUGGCAGCGUCCUUCGCUUACCAAUCGCUGAGGAGCACGAUGCUUGUAUGGGUGCUUACAUUAGCUAAUGACGUUAUGGCAAUGCAUCCUCGCGCUAUGUUACGUGAAGAACGAUCUGAUGCUAGCCAAUUAAUGUAACCAUAAUCUGAUGAAGAAAAAGAACAGGAUUGAUUAUCCAAAUAAACAGCACAUGCUGCAUGUUUUUUUCUGACUAGCUAGUUUGGCUCAUGGGAGUUUUACUUACAUGAAAAUGUUCUGAGGCCAGAAGGAAAAAUGACUGGUUCAGAGAGAUAACCAAUUAGGUUGUACAGGUGGUGGGCCCAAGCAACUAGAGGAGGCAGGACCAACCAAUCAGAUGUCUUGGAAAGACUGAUUUUGCCAACUUGCCUUCCAAAAACAAACUUGAGGUAAAAUGAGUCAUGGGACUGAUCUCAUUUGGCAAGGAUGCAACUGAUGUGUCCUUGAUAUCUGAGAUGGAGCAAGACCAACAUCAGUCCUCGUGUACUUGUGUUCUAAGUAUUUGAACUGGUCUUCAGCAAUGGAAGAUGAUGCAAAACGGGUACACAAGAACACAGAUACGGUCACAUAUUGUGAUUCACCCUUGGUCCUGCCUCCUCUAGUAGCUUUGACCCACCUCCUCUACCACCUGAUUGGUUAUUGCUGUAAACCAAUCAUUUUUUCUUCUGCACACAGAAGAUUUUUGUUUAAGUGAAACUCCCACAGGCGCUAAUUUGGGAUUCUGUGACUGCUGUCUAAGCGUCAUCGAGUUUGCCCCAGCCGCAGUGGGGACAGUGGCAGCAUCGGGCGAGGCGAUGGUGCGUUUUGGGAAGGAGCACUCGGUACCUACCCCUCUGAUUCGACUCUAAUUCUGUACAGCUAUUUAAAUCAAAUUAACUCAGGUCUCAUUAUCAGUUUAAAAAUAACAAUAAAGAAGGAGUGAAGGAGUGCAUUCCAGCAUGUAAUAAGACUAUUAAAAAAGAGUUUUGUUAAGGAAAGUUUGAAAUGCUAUCUUAAAAGACUUGCAUAAAUAUGUGUUGUUUGUUAUUUAAAUUAAUAUUAUAUAUAUAUAUAUAUAUUUGCAGUGAUUUAGCAGAAAAAAUAGUAGAAUGUGCAGUAAAUGCAGUUAAUUUUUUAUUUAAUAAAUAUGCAGUUGUUGCAUCAUUCUGGAUCCAAAAUUGUGGUCUGUAAUGGAAAAAUAAACUAUGAAUUGCUUGAA